UUAAGAGUGAGUAUCUGUGACAGGUGCUCUCAAGAAACACCUAUACUCAGCUCUAGCUAAAAUAGUUCGAGGCCAGCAAUUAAAUCGAAGUUGAACCUACGAACAGUAUUAUUCUUAGAUAAUUGUUUACCUGAGGCAGUAAAAAUACCCCGCCAUCCGUCGUUUCUAUUCUGGCCCCACCCGUGCGAAUAGCUUCCUCCCUCGGACCAUUGUCACUUUCUCUCGUUCUCCUCCUUUGCGACGCCCAAGAUCCUGCCAAUGGUGCUCUAGAUCAACCAACCUCGACACAGAACCACGUACAAUUGAGCUUCUAUACUUUGCCAUUCUCCCACUCAGAACCACUGCCACGGACGAUCCCAACAACCAUGGAUCAGAUACCACUCAGCCACGAGCCCUCAGCGGGCGACACGAACAAGCAACUGACCGACGCCCUACCACAAGAAGUCGUGCAAUGCCUCGAGAACGCCCGAUUUCUCCACCUCGCAACCUGCACCGACAACAUCCCACACGUCUCCCUCAUGAACUAUACCUACCUCCCGUCGUCCCCCUACUCAACCACCCCCGUCAUAGUCAUGACCACCAACCCCUCAAGCAAGAAGAUGACCAACCUAGCCGCCAACCCCAACGUCUCCCUCCUCGUCCACGACUGGGUCUCCCACCGGCCCCCGACGACCCAGCACCGGCGCCUCUCAGGCGACAGCGGCAGCGGCGCCUCGCCGGCCCCGGAGCACCGGCCGAGCAGCCUGGCCUCGCUGCUGCUGAACCUCAACAACAGCGCCGUGUCCUCCAUCUCGGCCACCAUCAACGGCGCCGCCCACCUGUCCCCCGCCGGCUCCGCCGAGGAGUCCUUCUACCGCGACCGCCACCUCGAGAACAACACAUUCGACGCAGAGGGUCCCGUCUUUGGCGCGUCGCCCGCCGCCGCCGCCGCUGCUGGGGCCGGAGCCGGGGCCGGGGCCGGGGACUGGGCCCGGUUCGGGGGUGCGGGGGAGGGCGAGGUCAGGGUUAUUGUCGUGGGGAUCAGGGAUGUCAGGAUUAGCGAUUGGAAGGGGGCUGUGAGGGAUUGGGUGCUUGUGCCGGUCGAGGGGGAAGUAGAGGCAGGGAGCGGGCUGGUUAAUGGGGUCAGGUGAGUGUGGUAUGAGCCACGCGUGGAAUGCGUUAAGUUGGAAGAUCUUUUAAACCAGAGCAUGAAGGACCGUUUUUGCCAGUUAGGGGCUCUUGUAGACUAUGGAAGCCUCCAAACUUCACGUUUGGGUUUUGUCUAAGUACCAGAACAGCUCCCUGUCCUUCCCCAUAUUCCCGCCCUAAGUUUCCAUUCUACAAUUUAAUGUUCCUUUUGAAACCCGG